AUGGCCACCACCACCACCACCACCACGACGGAGCCCCUCAGCCUCGAUGACAUCGCGCGGCACCCGGAAACCGUUAACGCCAUCGCGCGGUAUGAUCCGAAGGAGGCGGGCAUGGCCUCCGUCGCCCUCGGGCGAACCGGAGGCCCGAUAUCGAUAGCAUACGAGGUUUACGGCACGGGCCCGAUCCAUCUGGUGUGGAUCAUGGGCUUGAACGCGCCCAAGAUCGCGUGGCAUAGACAGGUCAAGUAUUUUGGUGUCGAACGGGGCGACAGGUUUUCCUGUCUGGUGUUCGACAACAGAGGCGCUGGGGACAGCAGCGUGCCUUGGGCACUCCGCUACAGCACUAGCGAGAUGGCAAAGGAUGUGUGCGAGCUGUGCGAUCACAUUGGGUGGAACCGAAAGAAACAACUGCAUGUCAUCGGCGUUUCCCUUGGAGGCAUGAUAGCCCAGGAGCUAGCAUACUCAGCGCCCGAGAGGAUCGCCUCGCUGACCUUGCAGAGCACAGCUGCCGGGCUCGUAUACACAGUUCCCUGGUACCAACAUCUAGCCAACCGCGCAUACAUGGUGAUGCCCAAAUCACUCUCGGCGCGGCUCGCAGCGGCGAAGCACAACCUAUUCUCGACACGCUGGCUAUCGGCCCCCGACGACCUCGGCGUGUUCCCGACGAACGGCGACCGCUUUGCGGCCGAGGAGCUGUGGCGGAUGAAGCACCUGCGGCGCCCGGUGUACCAGGGCUUCCUGCUGCAGGGCCUGGCCGCAAGCUGGCACUACAUGGCCCAUGACCGCUUGAUGGCCAUAGGCGCAAGCGUGGAGAACGUCCUCGUCUGCACUGGCACUGACGACCAGGUCAUCGCCCAUCAGCACUCGGAUACUAUCGUCGCUGGGAUCACGGCCGGUGGUUGUAUGGUGAAGAUGAGACAUUUUGAGGGCGUGGGUCACGCUCUCAAUUGGGAGGCGCUGGUUGAGUAUAAUCGCAUGGUCGAGGAAUUCGUCACCGAGGCUGCAAACCGCCAAGUCAUGGGGGAGUGA